AUGCACGUCACGAUUGCCUCGACCGCCGCUCUCGCUGGGCUCAUCUUAGCCACGACCUUUGCGGACGGCCAGGCGCUCCAGACGACGAGCAUUGGCAAGCACAAUGACUUUUCGUGCCAGCCUAGCGCCAACCACCCUAGGCCAGUGGUGCUGCUGCAUGGCUUAGGCGCGACCUACUACGACGACCUUCAUGUGCUCGAGGCCUUUCUCCAGAUCCGCGGCUUCUGCACCUUUUCCCUUACCUAUGGCGCCGUCAAGGGCAGUCCCUUUUUGGGCGGCUUCGCGCCGAUAGACGAGUCGUCGCGCCAGAUUGCCGACUUUAUCUACGAGGUGCACGCCAAGACGGUCGGCUAUAGCGAUGGAGGCGGCAAGAUUGAUAUUGUCGGCCACUCCGAGGGCGGCUUCCAGGCGCUCUACGUGCCCAAGUUCCGAGACGGCGUUGCCGCCCUCGUCGACCACAUUGUCGCCAUUGCGCCGCCUACGCACGGCACUCCGAUUGCGAAUCUCUUGUCGCUCUCCCCCCCGCUAGACCACGAUGCCGGCCUCCUCGAAGUGAUUGGCUGCGCCGCGUGCGAUCAACUCUCUAUCGGCGGCGCCAGCGUUGUCAAGCUCAACGACGGCAAAGCCAUUGUGCAGCCUGGCAACAAGGUCACUGUUAUUAUUUCCAAUCUAGAUGCAAUCGUCAUCCCGCCAAAAUCGGCCUUUAUUUACGAGGACGGCGUUGACAACAUUAGUGUCCAGGACUACUGCCCGCUAGACAUCGUCGGCCAUAUUAGCGAGCCCUACGACGUGAAUAUAUGGAACCUGGUCCUCAACUCGCUCGAGAAUCAAGUAGGGCGCAAGUUUCCUUGUCUCGUCGGAGUACAUAUUUACAAGUACAUAUUUACAAAUGUUGAGCUCAGGUCUGCCUCCACAUAG